AAAAACGCUCACUGCCCGCACACACGCACACGUGUUUUCUCGCCGACCAGUGCUCGACCCGGUGGCGUGCUCGUUGCAUUCGCGUCGUCUGUUAUAUUCCGUCGUCGUCGGCAGCCCUAUAUCGCACACGUCCCGAGACUCCGAUUUCCCUACUCACACAACAAAAAAUUGACAGUUCACAGCGAUUGAAUGUCGCAUAAUUAUUAUAACGGAAAGAAUAUUGUGAUCUAGGUGCAACGAUGAAAAAUACAUUAAUUACGGUCUAAUAUUAUAUUGUACGGCGAUAAUAAUAAUUUAAGCGCAUUUCACCUGUAUAGAUAACGACUUUUUCAAAAUAUUUGCAGUCCGAAACGGUUAUACUUGUACAGCAGCGGCACAGCGGCAUUAUCGCUCCAACUUUGGGUGGUAAGAAACCAUGUGCCCAGCGGACGCCGGCACAGUCACCUCCGACCACAUAAACUUUACCCGUUCAGCUGGACUUCGGCUGACAACAACAACUGUCUAGAUUGUUGACGAGGAAGUCACGCCAAGCUCGGUGGACUUGAACGACUUAAAACUACAACUAUAUGGUAGACAUGUGUGCAACUUCGACGUCACGGGAGCACCAUCGAAUGAUCAAAAUCGUCCGUCUCGCCGUUGCGGUCGCUGUGAUCACGUCUUGCUGUACCUUUCGAGUGAACGGUUUCGAGCCAGAUUUUUUGUUCCCACUGGAAAACGUGACUAUUGCCCAGGGCCGAGACGCGAUAUUCACGUGUGUGGUCAACAAUAUCGGUGGUAACAGGGUGAGUGCUCCUGAAGGCGGCUUCACUUCAGCCAGGGUUGCUUGGAUUAAAGCAGAUACGAAGGCUAUAUUAGCUAUUCACGAACAUGUUAUCACGAACAAUGAUAGGUUGUCCGUCACGCACAAUGAUUUUAACACAUGGACACUAAAUGUUAAGACUGUUCGGAGAGAAGAUAGAGGCACAUAUAUGUGUCAAGUCAAUACUGACCCAAUGAAAAGCCAAAGUGCUUUUCUAGAAGUAGUUAUACCACCAGACAUCGUAUAUGAAGACACUUCCGGAGAUAUGAUGAUCCCUGAAGGUGGUUCAGCUAAACUAAUUUGCAAAGCUCGAGGAUAUCCUGAACCAAAGAUUUUAUGGAGAAGAGAAGACGGAGGAGAUAUAAUUGUUAGAACUGGAACUACAGUGAAAACCAAAAUGACAUCAGUUGAAGGCGAAUCAUUACUUUUAUCAAAAGUGACAAGAUCAGAAAUGGGUGCAUACCUUUGCAUUGCAGCCAACGGUGUACCGCCAUCGGUUAGCAAAAGACUGAUGCUUCACGUUCAUUUUCAUCCAUUGGUUCAAGUACCAAAUCAACUAGUGGGAGCACCUCAAAAAACAGACAUCACACUUCAAUGCUAUGUCGAGGCAUCACCAAAGUCAAUCAAUUAUUGGACAAGAGAAUCGGGAGAAAUGAUAAUAUCAAAUGAUAAGUACAAUAUGACAGAACUAACAGUUUCCUACUACAGUGCUCAGAUGAAACUGACAAUUAGAAAACUUAAAAAGUCAGAUUUAGGAGGAUACAAAUGCAUAUCGAAAAAUUCAAUUGGAGAAGCUGAAGGAAAUAUUAGAGUUUAUGAAAUGGAUUUAUCUAAGCCCAGAACACCUAGUGAAGACGUUGACGAUAAUGCUAUAAAUGCGUUUGAUUCUGAAGAAGAUGACUAUGAAAAUAGAAACACGGGACGCAAUUCUUCAAACAACUCACCGGCGCUCAAAGAUCAAUCUCACCGUUUACCUAGAUCAUCUUCAAACAUAAUACGAUACAUUGAUUUUGUUAUGUUAAUACCGAUAUUAAUGUUGAUGAAAUACUGAACUGUUAUAUUGUAUUCAUAUUAUUGAAGUAAACAAAUUUUUGGAGGUUGGCCUAUUCUAGAGGGCUUUUUAUAGGCUCUCUAGUCUAUUUCAUUUAGACUAUAAUACACAUUAUUCAUACAAUAAAAUGUAUUAUGUUACCUAUAUUAAUAUGUACCUAUAUUAUGUAUACAUUUUUCAUUUGCAUUCUUCCCACUUUUAGUAUCCGACCAAAACGAUACAAUACUAUCGGUAUGUAUAUACGACUUAUACGAAAAAUAAUCCUAUUAAUUAUUAAAAACAUAUUAUAUAAACGUGUACUUACGGGUAUACUGACUUUGUUGAGUCAAAGGGUAUACAUCUCAUUUUGAUGGUAUUAAUACGCCUAAACUGAGGACAACAGAUAAAUAAAAAUAAACCUACGACCUAAAACUAAUAUCUAACUUUCGAUGGAUUUAAAAAAUAUCGCAAUUUCAAAUUUGUAUAUAUGUAUUACUUUUUUAUGGAUCAAUAAAUGUUGUAGUAAUUUCAACUAAAAAUGUAUAUGUUAAAUAUGAUAACAAUGUAUUAACUAUCAUUAAACUAUUGUUAGGUACCUACCUACCUGUUAUAUUUCAAUUUUUUUGUAAAUUACACUUCCUGUCAUCACCCAACCUCCGUUUGUUUACAAUGGCAUAAUACGAGUUAAGACUAUAUUUACGAAAAUUAAUAAUAAUAUAAAUUAUUCUCAAUGAGGUAUAAUUAUGUUGUUGAUGAAUUUAUCACAUUAAAUGUUUUACCGUAAAUGAAUGUAAAAUAUUAACCAUAUGUAAAUAAACUUAGUUAAAUGAA